UCACCAUAUUUAACGAUGUGUCUUUCUCCGUGCACAGUGCUGGCCGACAUCAACUUCCCGACCCACAGCAUUUGCAGCAGCGAGGGAGGACCCAAGGAAUACCGAGCAGAUGGCCUCAGCAUCCCUGAACUUCUGGAUGCCAUGCUCACUUUCAUGCCCCUGGAUGCUUACGACGACCACCCGGUUCAGCUGAUGGACAUGACUGAUGCAGACAAGGCCAAGGGGAUGAAGUUGAGCAUCUGGGAGGAGUACUCCAGGAUCUGCAACAAACACCAGCCUCCAGCCGUCACCCUCAAGAUGGUGGAACGCUUCGAGUUCUACGAGAAGGCCAAGAAGGCCUACGCUAUCAUACAGACUGGCGAGACUGCUCCCUACGCUAACAUCUUGCUCAAGCGAGGCGUGUGUUAGCUUCCAGGGGGUGCAGACACGACAGACAAGGAGCAAAACAGUAGACAAGGAGCAAAGUAACAAACAAAGAGCCAGACAAUAAACAAGGACCAAGAUAAUAGCCAAGAAGCAAGACAACAUACAAGGCGUAAGACACCAUACAGAAGAGUAAAGAAAAGAAAUCUGAGUGGACUCACUCACUAGGAUAAUGUAGCA